GCAAUCCCCCGGAGGCAGCAGUGAUAGCAGCUGUCGCUACCUACUCUGCUCUACAGCCAUCGGCACCAUGAAGCGCAUCAUAGGUUCUUUGAAGAGACCAUCGAGAUCAUCAAAGCUCGAUAGCGCGCCCAUCUAUCCAGAAAAUUCACCAGAAGGAAUCGUCGCCCGAGAAGUAGAUGCCUUCUGUCGUUCGGGUGGUGGUCCUGGAAAUGACUCUAGUGGAGGGCCCGACUUCGCCCGCCUUCCCACCAUUGUCGAGAAUGCAGAGUGCAGUCCGAGUGCCGCCAAAGCGGCCGCUGUGCACAUUCGCAAGAUGUUAUCAUCAGAUACUCCCUUGGAGCAAAGUUACCUGCAGUAUAAUGCGAUUAUGUUAAUUCGAAUUCUCGUUGAUAAUCCCGGGUUGACCUUUACGCGGAAUAUCGAUUCACGGUUUGUGAGCGCUGUCAAAGGCCUGCUGCGCAACGGCAAGGACCGGUACGUGCGGAACUUCCUUUGUGAAACGUUGGACUCUCUAGAGGCUACUCGGUCAUGGGAUGAGAAUCUCGCGGACCUUCUGCAGACGUGGAAGAAGGAGAGGGGCAGGUCCCCGACCGGGAAAACGAAGGAGCCAUCACUAUCGCCAUAUCCAGUCCAGUCUCAAACGUCCACCCUCCCCCCGCCGGAUGAGCUGUCAUCUCGCAUCUUGGAAGCCCAGUCAUCCGCGAAACUCCUUUUGCAAUUUAUACAGAAUACACCCUCUUCAGAGAUCCAGGGCAAUGAGCUUAUCAAGGAAUUUUCAGACCGAUGUCGGUCCGCCUCUCAGUCAAUUCAGAGUUACAUCGAAUCCACCAACCCAGCUCCGGACGAACGUACCCUUGUGGCAUUGAUAGAAACGAACGACGAACUAUCUGUAUCGUUAUCAAAAUACUCACAUGCCAUCCUUGAUGCUCGCAAAGCCUCUGGGAAUAACACAGAUAGCAGUAAUGGCAACGCGUCUCCAUCUGCGUCUGCAUCCGCAUCCGCGUCGACGUCUCCCGUUCGAGCGCCCAUUCUGACGUCCUCGCCCUUACCUUUCGCCUCUGCCCUAGCAUCAUCAUCAUCACCUGACCCAGAAACCGGGACCUCAAGGCUCGCACAACCCGCACUUCAGCAGCGACAAGACAUAUUUCAAAACCGGAGUCCAUCCCGCUAUCCUGCCUCUCGCCAACAGACACCAGACUUUGCAUCGUCCUCGUCAGCGAGUCCGCCUGCGGCAAGUGUAAGUGUGCCGAAUUCUACUAGUUCUGCAUAUGUCAGUACGGGGCGGUACCAGUACAAUUCGGAGGAUUUCCAAAUCCAGAACCCGUUUGCCGACUACCACUUGGGUGAAGGCCAGAAGACUAAUGUCUAAGAGCUAUUAAGUCUUCAGCGAAUGGAAGGUAUAUACAGCCUUUCCUUCUCUGGGAAGGGCUAGUCCUAAAGGCUGGCAACUUGUCUGAACGUCCAGCUGGAUAUCUGAAAUGGGCCAUUGAUUUCUUGGAAUAAGAGAUGGACACUCCCUAGGCCUGGCAUUUUGUCAAGAGCUUAAUCGUGCAGCUUUACUUUCAGCCAAGUCAUAUAUGUAUUAUGGGUCUUUGAGACAGUCUCUUUUUGAACUGCUUGGAGUACAUACCGCCCGGUUGACUUUAUAUUUUUUUUUUGUCUUAUAUCCCUUCAUUGUCUAUGGUUUUGGACCUUUUCAAUACCGUGCUACCCUUCUCUCUUUGGGAUUACUAGGAAUACGCAUUUUAUCAAAUCUGAAUCUUUCUCUGGCAUACCAGUGUACAGCUCAUUAGGUGUCAGCAUAUUUUUCUCACUGCUGAAGGCGGACCAGCAUUAUGUCAAAUCAUCUUGUAGUGUUAAUACAGGGCAUUGAUUGGUUAUUUACUUGAAAAGUUUCGUGAUAUAAUGUGAAUAUACAAG